GUUCCAGCGUAAUUGAGUGGAUCGCCAGUGUAUAAGCGCACAAAGCCGAGCAUUCAUGAUUGAGAUGCCAGUGAAUAUAAACAUCGGGCUUUGUUCGACUGUGCAGAGUGAACAUUUACAGACAUGGUUAGAAAUAUUAGAAGAAUUACGUUUGUUGCAUAUUUCUUAUGGUUACAUAUUCACAAUAUCGCAACAUGGGAAGACACAGGAGAUUGUUAUCACGGCAACUUCGUCUUGGUGAAACAAGCCAUGCAAAUUGCUACCAGUUGCCCUGAAACUCAUACACCACUAUGGGGUUUAAACGUAGAAAAUUGCCUUAAAUCAGCUUGUGCAUUUAUCACCAAUUUGGUAAUAUACAAACAUUAUUUACAUGGGCAUUCUUCUUGUUCGAUGUAUAACUGUGAAUCAAAUGAAAAUGAUACUGAUUGGGAAUAUGGUUGGCGACAUUGGUGGGAAUUUAAGCAAACAAGUGCAUAUGUUUUGCCCCACCAUUCUACACCAAGAUGUCAUGAUUCGUACUUUAUAAGGAGAAGUUGGGAUACUAGAAGAAAUGUCAAUAGCAUUUGCUCCAAUGUGACACAUUUGGCUGUGAAUAACGUCAGUUCGUGUAUGUCAUUUGCAUGUGAAGUAAAAGCUAAUGUUUUAGACUAUGUUAAGGACAACCACACCUGUAGAGUAAUGCAUUGCAAUUGGAAUUUUAAGCCAUGGCAAAAUAAUUUUUAUUUCACGAAUAAAAUAGUAACUCAAAAAGUUGCAACAUAUAGUUUAUUGUCACUUUCAAAUAUAUCGAAAGAAGCAUAUACCCACAACAAAAACAAUGAACAGUGUGAAACCCGAUUCGACAAUAGAAAGUGUAGCCGUAACCUCGUCAAUGACUCAUUUUGAAACGUUAAAUAGUGAAAAUAAUGGUGAAACGUGUAGUCCUUCAUCAAACCAGCUUGAUCUUCUCCGAACUCAAAACAUUCAUUUCAAAGCCCUCGCAAUUAUAAUGACAGGAUCUACAGCAAUCCUAUUUGGAUUUAUAUUCUUAAUUUUGAUAUACAUGUACCGUGUAUCUAAACAUAAACGAUUAAGAAUCAGAAGAAUGACACCUAUAUCUAGGAGAGGCCUUCCAAAUAGUUCCUCUGUGGGAUUUGCUGCAGAUCGUUCAGGUGUUUCAACGAGGUCAUAUCGUUCCGAUGCGUCCACCUAUGUUUCGCCUUACUCAUUAAUAGAUGAAUCGAAGAUGCUUCCAUUGGUUCAAACGGAACAGUCAACUUUUUAGAGACGACAGAAAGAAUUUUACAUCCAUAGUGAUGUAUCUUGAAGUCAUCUGAGAAAUAUAAAUGUAUCCCGUUUCAUUUGACAAAAAACGGAGCUUUCAUCUCUAAAAAAGGACUCUAUAUAAGAGGCACUGAAAGGAAUUUAAAGAUUAUUUGUUCAAAUACAAAUCCCUAAAGAAAGAACGAUUCGUUGAUCGAAUAUCAAGGGGAAAUACGUUCUUAAAAAGUCGAAUAUAUAUCGAUUUAUCCAAUGCCAAGUAGAGUUUUAGGGAGACAAGUUGGUAAGAUAUAUCCCGUAUCCUGAUUUUGAGGUUUCCAUAUCCA